CAGAGCAAUAAAUCCAGAAAAUCUUUGAAUGCCGAUGCAGUACAUUAUAAAAUAAUUAGGAAUCAGACGGAAGCAGAUUCAAAAGAAAAACCUGUAGAAUUAAGUAAAAAGAGGGACCAUUCUGAUUCUAUGGUAAAAGCGGUGUGUUCAAAGAAACAAAAAAGCUCACAAGAGUUUAUGUUUGGUGAGGGAAGUGUAGCACGAGAUCCUAGAGUCACUAAAAAAUAUUAUAAAAAAAUAGACAGUAAUAUAGUAAUAGAAACUGAUGAUGACGUGACGGACUUUGACGUGGACAUUAUACCAGAUUCGCAAAUGAAAGAAAAAAUCGGAGGAAUUAGUGCAGGAGAAUAGACGUAAACAAAAGGAUGAUAGAGAAAAAGUUAGAAAAGAGAAAAUGUAAGAAAAAUUAAAAAUUAAAAUGGCAAAAGGAAGGGAAAUCAGAUUAAAGAAAAUUUCACAAAAUAGAGAGGCAAAUUUAAAAAAGCGUAAAUUGAAAAAUGAGAAUAUAAACAGAGAGCUUGCAAAGCAAGAUAGAUUGACAAUAGCUUAAGGAAAACAGGAUGAAUACAGGGCAAAGAUGGCUAAAAGGGGAAAUCUCGAGGAUGUUCAGAAGAAGCAUAGAAAAGUUAUUCAGGAAGUACAAAAGGAGCAGAAAAUGCGUGAACAAAUGAACGAAUCUACAUCUGAAUUAAAAAGAAAAGAAGUUGAAAAUUGUAUGAAAAACGCAUUAUUGACUCAAGAAGAGUCAAAUAGGACGCAGAUCCCAAUUGAUGUAACAGCAGCUGCAGACAUUAGUGCGAUUGCAGGCCCAUCCAGCGUUAUGGAGGCUAGCUUAUCUCCCACAGCACAAGACUCUCAUGGCCAAUCGAUGGCUGAUGAAGCUGUCGAAAGUCUCUCGAAAGAUUUACAUGAUGCUUAACCACAAGAAAUCAUGUUCCAAUCAUUUGGAGGCCCUAUAAUACACUGUGACCAGGUCGUAUUGGAGAAUACAAUGUUCUGCUGCAAUCAAACAGCUCUAGAUAUCACAACGGAAAAAAUCAUGGCGAGUCAUGAAUAUGAUGACUACUUGUGCAUAGGGUCACAAAACUUUACUUUUAGUGAUCCUACUCUUUUAUAAUUUGAAAAUUAUUAUACCGUUCUUUUUAAGUUUU